UCACAAUGAGAAGAUUGGGGACUUCCGGAAUUCAACUGUGUACGGGAAACCGGUUAUCGUUUACAAGAUUUGCUGGAAACCAACAGUGGCGAGAUUAUACAGGAUAUUAAAGCACAUUCGUCCUAUCAAUACAUUUGGCAACAUGACCGGUAUGAAGUUUCAAGGGCCAGAUACUCGACGUGACGCCAGUAAGAUCGAUGAUUACCAUGGUACAAAGAUAGCUGACCCAUAUCAAUGGCUUGAGGACCCAGACUCUGACGAAACCAAAGCAUUUGUUGAUGCACAAAAUGAUUUAUCAAAACCAUAUCUGGAGCAGUGUCCUGUGAGGGGAAAACUUCAUUCGAGGAUCAAAGAAAUGUGGGAUUAUCCCAAGUUUAGCUGUCCAUACAAAAGGGGAGAAAACUUCUACUAUUACCAUAACUCAGGCUUGCAGAACCAAAGUGUCCUGUUUGUACAAGAUUCUGUAGAAGGAGAGGCUCGAGUGUUUCUUGACCCAAAUGCAUUGUCUGAGGAUGGGACAAUUUCUCUACGGGGAACUGCCUUCUCUGAAAAAGGACAGUACUUUGCAUAUGGUCUUAGUCAAAGUGGUUCUGACUGGAUAACAAUUAAGUUUAAGCGUGCACCUAGUGCUGAAGAUUUACCAGAUGUCUUAGAAAGAGUUAAGUUUUCCAGCAUGGCCUGGACACAUGAUGAAAAAGGUCUCUUUUACAAUCGGUACCCAAACCAGGAAGGCAAAUCUGAUGGCACUGAGACUACAAGUAACCUUAACCAGAAACUAUACUACCAUAGGCUGGGAACUGACCAAUCAGAGGAUGUAUUAGUGGCAGAAUUCACAGACAAUCCAAAAUGGAUGAUUGGAGCAGAGGUAACAGAAUGUGGGAGAUACCUGAUAUUGGCCAUCUCAGAAGGUUGUGACCCUGUCAACAGGCUGUUCUAUGUAGACCUGGAAGGACUGAAGGAUGGUAUUACUGGACUUCUACCUUACGUCAAGGUUGUAGACAACUUUGAUGCCGAGUACGAGUACAUCACAAAUGAGGGAAUGGUUCUCACAUUCAAGACCAACCUGAAAGCUCCCAGAUACAAGCUCAUCAACAUCGAUCUUUCUCGGCCAGACAUGGAACACUGGACAACACUUGUGGAGGAGGAUAAAAAGAGUGUACUAGAGUGGGCAGGAUGUGUCUAUGACAACAAGCUGAUCAUGUGUUACCUGGAGGACGUCAAGAAUCAGCUGUUUGUCCAUAGCUUGAAUACAGGUGCUAGACUGGCAAAGCUUCCCUUAGAUGUUGGCACGAUAGCAGGUUACUCAGGCAAACGCAAGCAUACACAGAUAUUUUAUCAGUUCGUGUCAUUCUUGACACCUGGCACAAUCUACCACUGUGAUAUGACAUCAGAUACAUAUAGUCCCAAGAUUUUUAGAGAAAUAAAUGUAAAAGGAUUUGACUUCAGUCAGUUUGAAACUAAACAAGUUUUCUACACUAGUAAGGAUGGAACAAAAAUUCCUAUGUUUAUUAUACACAAAAAGGGCCUAGAGAUGACCGGUAACAAUCCAGUGAUGUUGUAUGGUUAUGGAGGGUUCAACAUAUCAAUCUCCCCAAGUUUUUCUGUAUCACGCCUUGCCUUUAUACAACACAUGGGCGGUGUCUACGCCGUGGCCAACAUUAGAGGAGGAGGAGAAUAUGGAGAAACAUGGCACAAAGGUGGAAUGCUGGCAAAUAAACAAAACGUUUUUGAUGAUUUCACAUCAGCAGCAGAAUACCUGGUGGAAAAUAAGUACACUUGUCCACAGAGAAUUGGUAUCAAUGGUGGAUCUAAUGGUGGACUGUUAGUGGGAGCUUGCUGUAACCAAAGGCCAGAACUGUUUGGUUGUGUUAUAGCACAGGUGGGUGUGAUGGACAUGCUGAAAUUCCACAAAUUCACUAUUGGUCAUGCAUGGACAACAGACUUUGGCUGUUCUGAUAAACCAGAGGAGUUCCAGUGGCUUAUUAAGUAUUCACCUUUACACAACAUCCGAGUGCCAACAGGUGAUGUCCAGUAUCCGUCCGUUCUACUUCUUACUGCUGAUCAUGACGAUCGUGUCGUCCCACUUCACUCUCUUAAGUUCAUCGCCGAGCUCCAACAUGUCAUGAAAUCCUGUGACAAACAGACCAACCCACUGAUGAUUCGUGUAGACACUAAAGCAGGACAUGGGGCAGGCAAACCUACUGCAAAAGUGAUCGAGGAAAUAACAGAUGUAUACAGCUUUGUAUACCAAACUAUGGAUCUACAGUGGAGAGAUUAAGGGGAGACAAUUUCACAGUUCCAACCACUGUCAUCAGGAAUAAGGGGGCUUUUGCAAAAGGAAUUGAAACUCUGGACCAGUUUUACCAGAAGGAAGAAACAACAGAUACAAAUCUUGAUGGAGGCUGGCCAGUGAAACUUUCUGAAACAAACUCCCUUCUGCUAGUUUCCAGUUUUGUUUUUUUUUUACUUUUUUUUUUUAUAAAACUGGGAUGGUGCACACAUGUAUUUCUGGAAAUAAUCUUAAAUUCAGCAUUGCUUAAAAAUGGAACACAUUUUGUAAUUUGUUCUUUGAAAGUUUAAAAGUGGGCAUUUAGAGCACUCAACUUAGGUUUCCCUCAUUUUGUAUGGGUGUGUUUUUUUUAUCACAGAAUAAAUCUUUGAAGUCUGGACCCUUUCAACUAGGUGACUCCCAAACCAGCCAAGAAUAGACAAACAUAUAAAGAAGCUAGUAGAAAUAGUUGAUAUGGAGACAACCCUCUCUAUAAACUAAUUUUAUCUUACAGACUCAUUAAACCUUUAAGUGACUGAGCAAGAGUUAAGAGUAGGGAGGUAAGUCAACUCACUACCAAUUAUUGUGAGACCUGAGUUAACAGACUGUAUAUACAAACUAAUGAGUUUUUAGUGGAAUGAAGGAAUAGACAAUCAAGAGGCUGUAUUCCUUCCCUUUAACAUAAACUAGUGUAAAACGAACUUCACAAGAAUCACUUGUAUGAGGGUUGUGAGCAAAAGGGUCGGUAUAAUUUAUCUCAAUAAAGAACAAGGAGAGUUUUCUGUGAUGUAUAAACCAUAAAAAAUUUGAACUUUUUAGUUUUUUUUUUUUUCAUGCCUUAUGAUAGUAUUUUCUUAAUUGAAUUAAAGGGGUAUAGUGCCAACACCGUCAUGUAGUUGGUUUCUAGAUCCCUCCUCUUGAUGCCCAAGGGUUCUUGUAUGCAUGACCAAAAUUUAUAUGUAAACAGGUGAUGCGGCCAGGUUCGUAAAUUAUUAGCAGGUAGUUUUGUUGAUCAUGAAAAAACUCCUUGAUUUAUCCAACACCUGAUGUGAUUGAUUGCAACAAAGGUAUUUCCUGAAAUAUAUAUAUGCAUCAACCAAAGUUUAAUCAGAAAUUCCAAAUAACCAGUAACUUGUCAUAUAUCCUUUGACGAGGAAGCCAUACCCAUUGAUUUCCAUUUAUGCCUUUAUACAAACUUGUCCAAGUUUGCUGUUCCAGUUUCAGCAAAGUGUUUCUGUACCAUUUCCUAAGUACUACCAUUUAAUGUUUGCAAAAUAUAAGUGUAUCAUUAAGAUAUCAUUUCUGUAUCAGUUUCAAUGUUCUACCACAGUGUUUGCAUCAAACCUCAAUAGCACAGGUGUAACAUUUCCUUACCAUUUUCAGUGGUACCACCAAGGCAUUUGUGAGCACAACUUUCUACUCUAAGACUGUUUAUGAAAUGUUAAAAUUUGUAUAAUAUCAAUAAAACCUUGUGCGAUUUGUAUAUUAAGUGAACAGUUUGACAUACAUACAAGUUGUAACUUAAAAUAUAGAAUGUUUCUUAAAAAUUUUAAAUAUAUUAAGAUUUUUAGCUCACACGGAUCCCUUUGUCAAGAUUUUAGCCACACUUGGCCCAAAACAUCCUUUGGUGAAAGGGAAUCAUUUUUGUAUAAAUGGUUGGUCAGCCCCCGUUUGGCGCUUCCCACUUGGGGCCUUCAUUUUCUGUAGAAUUCUGUCCCAAUUUGGUGUGAAGCAUCCUUUAGUGAAGCGUUGAACAAAUGGUUUAACCUACUCUCUGAGGUCAGAGGGAUGGGGAAAUAGAAACCUGCCUUUAGAAUUUCUUUUCCUUUAGUUUUUGAUUAUAAAAUUCAGUGAAACAAAGCCGGGUGAACGAUAUCGGCCCUACUUUAUCAAUAUUUUUACAUCAGCAUUCGAAGUAUUUUUAUCUUGCAGUUUGAUGUGUACUACAGUGAAACCUCACCUAACGACCACCUCAAAAUUACGAUCACCCCGCUAUUACGGAUACUUUUUUCAGUCCCGUUUUUUCAGUAUAUAUCUUAUUAUUAUUAUUAUGUUAUUCUGUAUUACGACCAAUUCUUACAGUCCCAACGACCACUGAUUAACGAUAAUUGACCUCACAAGAACGACCAAGUUCUGACCAGUGAUUAAUGUUUACCUGGUGGGCAGUGAACUGCGAGCAUGUGUGUCGUUCUCGACCAUUGUUUUCGUCACUGGUUACCUACCCUGUCACCAGGUGGCGUUACACGAAGUAAACAUCACUAUCGGAUGAACUUGGCCUAAACGUGUGAAACUGCAUGCAAAACACGUUUUAGUAGCGAUCUACUGCUUGUUAAUUAUAUAUUGAUAGAUCGGUAGGUUUGCUGUUAAACACCUUAGAAGCCCUGCAUACCCAAAGGUGAAUUAUGUAGUCGCUUCGACCGAUAUUCCUUUGCGCGCACGCGCGUUCAUACGUUGUCGAGGGUUUUUAAUGUAUCGAGUUUUAUAUGAAAUCAUGAUGUUAAUCUGAAGUUUAUAUCCUAUUUUAUCCUUUAUUUUUGGAGUAGAUUUUCAUUCCUUAUAUACUGAUACUGUAUCAUCAAGCAAUGUCGUGUCUUGAUCCAGGGGUGUUAGACAGAAAAUGUCAAUUUGAAGUAAAAGGGACCAUUACAUACAUCUGUGGCAGUAUAAGAUUAGAUUAUAGAUACAAAUAUGUAUGGAAUAUAAAAUAUGCAUAAUUAAACUAUUUUCAUACACAA